CGGAUUUGUGCAAAAUGACUGGAUUAAUACUGGGAAUUAUCUAAAUUUGUUGAUUUUGACAGUCUGGGACAAGGUUUGACGAUGGAUUCUGAUGAGGAACGUGUUUCAUCGCCGGGGAGUCCUGAGCAAAUCGAAGAGGGACAAGAUAUUUGCACAGGAGAGAUGGACACGAGUAACGUUACUCAGGAUGCUGAACAAGUCCAGGGGAUAUCUAAGGAAAGUGAUGAAGCCGGCAGUGCUCCGGACACGGAAUGCACUGAUACUGAUGAUGGUGUUGGUGAAUCUGAGGGAACUGAAAUGAGUGAAUCUUCUUGUGCCACCCUGUCCGGAGAUCAUAGAGAAGACAUCGAGCUAUCACUUCCAGCUGGCCAGGAUGGAAACCAAGGGGAGUGGCAGGGUAUUCCAAGGAUUGUUAUAGACACUGUCAGGACACUGACUCCUCUGAGUUCGGUUGCUGAUCGAUGUGAGGAUUUGGACUCGACGGAAGAUGCCCCACCUGAGGAAUAUGCUGAGGGGGAAGGAGAUGAUGCGGAUACUUGUGACGAAGGAGUUGCAGAUGCUGAUGAAGUUAGAGAAGUUGUUGGUGCUGAUCGAGAUGCACGAGGUGGGGUUGUGGCAGAUGUUGAGGAGGUUGCAGAUGUUGUAGUUGUUGCAGAUGUUGGGGAAGUUCCAGAUGUUGAGAUGGUUACAGAUGUUAAGGCAGUUGUGGAUGUUGAGAAGGUUGAACAUGUUGAGGCCGGGGUGCCCGGAAAUGGUGAUGGGACUUCAGGAGAUCAGAUUCAGGGAGAGGAUGACCUUAUGAGUCGAAAACCUGAUGCAGUAGUGCUGGAUACUUCUGAUGUAUCUAGUGAUCAGCGACCACGGACCCUAAUAGCGAAAUCUGGUGAGCUGGUAGAAACGGGUUCACAAACCAUAGAGACGGGUGAAAUAGCUCCAUUUAUUGAUGUAAUCCCAGAGGAGGACGAAAAUAUAGACAAAGAUAGGAAGCCAGCCCGGGAUGCUGCGGUAGUAAAUGGCGAGAAAGAGGGAGCCACUGGCAGUGAAACUCCUGAAACGCCAGUACCUGGGUCGUCACAGGGAUCACCAGGCGAAAAAUCAAAACUGACCGAGGAAGAUGAGAUUCGGCGGAUUCUGGAACUUGAGGAGCAGGUCAAGCAGGGCAAGUUCAUUGAGAUGCCAGAGGAUGACGAGAUAUUGAAGUUGAAGUUUGUCGACAGUGCAGAGGGGGUACAGAUGGAGCCUGAGAAGGAUGAGCAUAGCCCUACAGUCAAGCGGAAGUCGGCGAUGGAUGGGAGUGAGGCCGACGGUGAAUGGAGUGAAACGGAGGGCGAAGUCACAGAAGAAGACCUUGCUGCACAAGAUCAGUCAGCUAAAAAUUCCAGCCCGCAACAAGUCAGUGUGACAGCCCCAAGCCCUGGUCGACCACUGUCCUCUUCCAUAAAAGCCAGUAGCUAUCCGAGAUUAGAUAUGCGCCAACUACCAAAAUAUGACCCAGUGGAUUCCAUUAUGGAUAGAAUUGAUGCUGAGCUGCUGCAGAUCACUGGAUAUGGGAGUUUAAACCUGCCCAGGAUGACCCGACCAGACAGAGAGGAGCGCACCCACCUAUCAACCCAGGGUGUCCAGUUUGACUCGGCCGAUGAUUCAGACCAUGCUGCAAGAGGGCGUAGUGACCAGGACACCGGCCUUGGGACGGCAGAAGAUAAUGUCUCUGAGAGGACUCUGACCGAUCGCCAGUCAAGAGGUCUGCUGAGUUCACUUGACAAUAUGACAGAUGGUACAUCAACUUUGUUAGGGUCUAUAAGUGAUAUAGAUUCCAUCUUGAGCAAACAAUCAGAUUCAGGCUCUGUUAAAAGGGCCUCGAGAAAGAAGCGGUCAGGUAACUACCUGAGAGACUCCAAGUCCAAGCCUUUUGCGAGUGAUAUGGAAUCUGUUCGAACCGAAGACUUUGAAGAUAGAUUCAAGGAGGUUAUGAUACAGACCCCAAAGAGUACUGACAAACUCCUCGAGAAGCUCGAGAAGCUUCGCGAGACCCUGGUCGAAGCUCAGCAGAACAAACAGGGGGCUGGCAAAACUAACCAAGCGAGAUCAGCACCAGGCCGGGAACCAAAAUCAAAGCGAGCGUACAUGAUGAGUGGAAAAGAUAGUGAUUUAGAUUCGGUUAAAACGGAAGAUUUUCAAAGGGAAUAUAUGAAAACAGUUGUGCCGGCAGAUGUCCCCGCCCCUCGUCGCAAAAGGGAAAGUGAUGUAGAUUCAGUGAGAACUGAAGAAUUUGAGAGAAAAUAUAAGGAGAGUUUGCUCAAUGUACAGAAAUCUUUACUUAGAGAGGAUCGGGCAAAAGCUAUUCAGGCAGCUGUGCAGGCUCGCACUGCCAUGAGAACAGCACAGGCAGCAACUGGUCGCAAAGGUGUACCUCGGCUUCAAAGGGGCAUCUUAGAAUGUUUUGGAAAUCUCAGAUUGUUUAGCUAUGACAACAUACCGAGUUACCUAAAACCGAAACCGUCCAUCCCCUGGUCCAUGAAGGCCAUGUGCAAUGGUAGUGAGGACACACCAAGGACUGAAGACUUUGAAAACAAUUUUAACAAGAUCAACGUCAAACACCUUGCUGGGGUACCCUUGACGAGUUUUGAUGACAACAUGAUUGAUAGUGAUCUUGAUACAGUACGAUCAUCACAAGUGCGAGACCGGUUACGAGGGUUUCCAGGUAAAGCCCCCAGUGAAAUGAGUGAGGAUGAUAUCUUAGAGAAAAAAUAUAAGGAAUAUAUUCAAAAGAAAAUGGCAGAAAUUUCCGGGCCAUCGCGACUACCUCCAAUCGAACCAAGUCUUUCCGACAUCGAGUCUGUCAGUCAGAAAGAGUUAAUGGAUGGCCGGGAUGAGUAUGCGGAAAGUGACAUUCAGAUGGAGCCACCAGCACCUCAGCCAAGCCGUGGGCAUAGAAGUGCCUCGCCAAAUUAUCCACGUUAUGGUUACCGUGAUGAUCAUGAGAUGUCGACAUCCCAGGAUGAGGAAAUCAAAGAAAGUACGCGAGAGAUCAAGCGGGAAUCGCGGCGAAUCCAACGGGAAAUGGAGGAGGAGCGCCGGAAACGGAUGACCUCUACUCCAGUCGCUCGGAGCGGCAGAAGAUCGACAAGUCCCACCCGAAGUGCCAAGAGUAUGGAACGUUUAUAUUCUGAUCGUUUCCGUUCAUCAACACCAGACGUCUCUCCAAAGAAUAUCGUCGAAAGGUCGCGAAGUCCCGAGCUGUCCAGGAUAGCGCGAAGCCUCGAAAAGAUCACCAAAUUACAGCAGAAGGCGCAGCCAGUUGAAGUGCCUAGUAGACCACUUUCACCAGAUCCACAGAAGCUCUUUGAACAAGAACUGAAAGAGAAGUUCCUCGAGCUCGAGGUGUUGGGUGAUUCAAUUGAAGAAGCUAGGGAGGAGAAGAAGGCUGUGAUGAAAGAAUUGCGAGCGUUAUCUCAGUCGUUGCAAUGUCAACAAGUCGAUGCGAAGAAUGCCGAUCGCUUUGUCAAGGAGAGCCGAGCUAGGUGUGAAGACGCAAGAACCGAGCUGAUGUUGACAGAAUUCAAACGAGACAAUGCGGCAACUGAACUGGACGAGAUUCAGACGGACAUCAUGAAGAGAAAGAAACGGCUACGUGAUCUGGAUGACCAAGUAAAAGAUCACAACGAGAGAUUGCGCGAGUUUGAGGAUAUCGGGAUGAAUCCAGAGGAGUGUAAGCGUAUGAUGGCUGAACGUGAUGUAUUGCAAUCGGAGGUGAGCAACAAGGACGCCCUUCAGAUGGAACGUGACGAACUGCAGAAGACACUGCUUGCAACCAAGGAGGACUUGUUUAAUGAGCAGAAGAAAUAUAGGAAUCGAUUGGAUGCUACAGAGGAGAAACUGGAUACGGCGAUGAAAAGACUCGAAGAAGUGACGACUGAACGUGGCGAAUUAUCACAAAAGCUGAGCAGUCUCGAGCAAAAAUACGCAAAAGACAUGCGCGAAAAAGAGAACACGAUACAGGAAAACCAUGACGAUUAUGAGCUUCUGAGAGGCAAGUUACAGAACGAGUUGCAGGAUCUUCACCAGCAGACGAUAGAGGAGACAAGUCAGUUAAGACAGGAACUCGAGGAAGCAAGCAACAAGGUGGUCGUCUUGAAACAAGAGGUUGAACACAAGGAUGAACUUAAUCUGCAAUUAACGAACCAAGUGAUUGAGCUUCAGACCGACCUCACUAGAGAAGGAGAACUCAGAGACAAAGAAAGUGACGGCUACAGAAAGGAAAUGUCUUCGCUAUUGGCUGAAAAGGAGCAUGCUCUCACUCAACUCAGGGACCAGUUAUACAAUGAGAAGCAAGAAGCCCUAGAUGAACUCCAGGCUCAGUUUGAUGCAGAAAGAAGAGACUUCAUGCAGCGAUCGGAAAGCCGCUUGGCAGAACAGUUAGCUCAACACCACCAUGAACUUAUUGCCCGAGACGAGGAGAAUCAGGCCCUGCGAGAACAGAUCCGCCAAUGUGAGGAUGCGGCCAACACUCUCCAAGAUAAAGUCAGAUACGAGACCAAAGAACAGUUUAACACCCAUUUGGAACAAGAGAAGAAGAACUGGGAUGCUGAACGAGAUCGUCUGUGGAAGCGGGAGCUGGCCAAGAUUGGUGACGAGAGUGCCCGCGCUGUGCAGAAAGCCAACGAAGAUGCUGAGAGGGAGCGCGAGAUCAGCCAACACUUGGAGAAACAGAUAGAUCUCAUUAAACAGGAGCUUGAAGACCAGCGACAGCAGAAUCGUCAGCUCUACAAGGACAAGCUCGACUCUCUGAACCGUGUGAAGGAGAUGGCAAGGGAAGAGAGGGAGACUGAAGUGGAGAGGGUCAAGGGGAAACUAAAUGAGGAGAACCUGAAAGAGAUUGCAAGACUCCGCGAGACGAUUGCCCGAAAAGAUGAUGAGAUUUCCCAACUCAGAGCAGAGGUCGAUGAAUUCCUUGCCCGAGAGCGUGACAACACGUCCUCCGCAGACCGUCAAGAUAAGACGGUGAUCCACGAGAUCAAUGAGGAUUGUAGGAAGACGGCAGUCCUCCUUGGUGUGACGCCCAGGAAGAUCCAGGCAUCGUGUCACAAGAGGGACCCCUCUCCUGCCAGGAACUCCAUUACAGCUGCUCUUGCCAAUCUCCGAGCAAGCAAUGACCAGCUCAGGAACUACGUCCUUGAGGUGAAGCAAGACUUGGAAGGACAGCGUAAUGUGAUGCUGAAGCUGCAGAAGGAGAAGGCCGACUCAAUGGACGAACUGCGGGAGCGAUUUAACUUGGAAAAGAAUAGAGAAUUGGAAAUGCUUAGAGAAAGACUCAUUAAGGAACAUCUCGAUGAGGUGACGCAGCUCCAACGCACGGCCAACUCCGACAAGGCUCUGAGAGCGGCCUUGAUCGACAAGGACAAUGAACUGAGGGAGAUCCAACGAAAUAUGAACACAUGGAAGGAAGACGUCGCGGAAAAGUUUGCCAGGAAAUUUGAAGACGAGCUAAAGCGAGAAUUAGAAAAGCGAAUUCGGGACAUUAAACGAGUUGGCAAAGACAAAGACAGGCUCAGCGGUCACCAGCAGAAAGAGAUUGAACGAUUGGAGAAAGAAGUAACAAGACUAACUCAGGCCAACAUCCUAAACUCAUGCAGCUCAGACUGUGACACGAACACAAUCAAAUUGUUACGCCACCUACAGAACAGAAUCAAAGAACUCCGCGCGGAAAAUACGAGUCUGAAGAGGUCUGCAAUCUAUAGCUCAACAACCGAUCUCACUGCCACAAACAACUCAGGUUACAUAGACAAUUCCAAUGUCCUCAAGGAUAGGACAAAACAGGCCGAACUCCGUGCCGAACUUGCUGAGGACCGUGCUAGUAGGAACGAGACAAUGUUAACUCAGAAAAUGGCCGAAGUAUCAAGACUACAAAGUGCUUUGACGCAUCAAACGAAAGAACUGAUGCAACUGGAGAGAGCAUAUUCACAGUUAUCGCGAAGUGGAGCACGUCCCUACUCUGGAAAUGAUAGGACUUGGUGAUGCAGUAUGCAACUAAUGAGCUCAAGUCGUCACUGCACAGAUAACUGAGAGCAAGAAUUGAUAAAGACGAGUCUUAAUCAAUUCUUGUUGAGAGUGAUACUAGCUGAAACAGUGGAAGAUUUCAACAUUGCUUCGUGAAGAAAUUGUGACCCUAGGCAGCAUCUGAAGAACGAUAUCUCAUACUUGGUGCUCAAUUUGCAUCGGAAGGCAAUAUCAUCAUGACAUUUUUCAUUAUGGAAUUCAUUAGGCAGGAUAGUUCUUGAAAUGGCAAGGAAGUGCUUGUGCCAAUGCAAAAAUGAGCAAUGGUUUACCCUCCAUAAUGGCCUUGAACACUGUGCAUAACACUCAGGAAAUUUUAAAGAAAAGAAAUGAAAUAAGUUUAAAUGUCAUCUAAAUAUCAUAUGCUGUGCUUCUGCGAUUUCAUUAGUUGGCCAGUCUUCUAAUCCUAGUCUGUUGAUCAGACGUGCAUCUGGUAUGCAAAAGUGUUUACUGAAAUAUUUCAAUGCCUGGAUCCCUGAUGAAUCAACAGCACACAACAGUCCAAGUAAUUACGUCAGGAUAUUAUUCCACAAUAUCUGGUGCAUUUUCAAAUAGGUUCCAUCAUACAUGUCAUAAAAAAUUAAAAAAUUAUAUUUUAAUUAUAUAUAUUCUGCAUUCCCUGGUAAAUCUGCUGUGUUGUGUCAUCAACUACUGAAACUAAAUUCCAGUUAUUCACUGUAACUUCUCUCAGAUAUUUUUCUCAUGCUGACCAACUUUCUUUUUGAAGUCCGUCCUUAAGUUAUUGUUGAAAUAGUGUCAAUUAUUCCAUUUUUCAUAUUCAUUUUCUUAAAAUCAAUGGUCACUGACAUCAUUUUGAAGAUGCAAGUAGACUGCUUAUGUAACAGGUUUAUAAUGAUGUUAAAAGAUGAUCUGUUCUCUGGGAGUUCAAUGCUUAAAUCAUUACUAUUAAAUUAUCCCUUAAUUUCUCUUAACAAGAAAAAGAGGGUUCAAUUAGGAAUUAAUUGGAUUAAGUUAUUAGAAAUAGAUUCUGGUGUUUUAUAUUAUAGAUACUGAAUAGGUUUUUGUACGUGUAUAUAUGCUGGUUAUUAUUUUGUAAAGUGCAUGCUUUUUGUUAUAUUUCGUAAAAUUAGGAUGAAAUAUUUAGAAAUUUUAUUGACUUUUUGAUUGCUGUUUGAUUAGUUUUAUGCAUCAUUGAAUGUUUUACAUGAUUGUGAGUUGUCACAGAGCAGAAAUGUCAAGCCCUGUAACUUUGACAAUUUCGCUAUUUAAGCUCAUGGGGGCGCAUCAAUCUUGCAGAAUGUUUGAUGUUGGAACCAUGCCAGAUAUUAGUAUAAAAAUAUUUUUAUCAAGAAUCUAUCGGAGAAUUUUAAAAAUAAUCAUGAAAUAGUAGAAUGAUUUUAAAUUUAUUUAUCGUAAAACUGAUAAUCAUGUUUUAGGAGAUUAUCUGAUGUUAAUCUGCCAUUGUUCCUGGAGAUAAAGAUUAUCCUUUUCAUGUAGAUGUUUUAGCUUUAAUGACUGUGAUAUCAUAGAAAGUUGACCUGAAAAUGAUCAGAAUAGCUUGUGUAUCAAAGUACAGUGUGAUGUAUGUCAUAAGGGUUUUCUGGUCAGCCUUUGGUGAAACAGAGUUUAAGAAUUUUUACUGUACACCGUGAAAUUUUCCCCGAUCUUUUUUUCUGAAAGUUUUAGCGAUGAUGUAUCAAGUACAUACUCCUAGUUGUAUAGCCAGUUGAAAAUGAGCCGAUUCACCAACUGUUAGCUUGACUUCUUCUUGCAUGGAAGCAAUUGUCUGCCUUUAUUUUAGGUUUUGGUAGUGCUGUGUGUUGUUCAGUCCUAGAUUUAAUGCUAUCCAACACCUGGUCACAGUACCUAACCUAUCCCUGUCUUUAUGAAGAGCUCAGCUGCAAAAUACUGUGUGUGCUUUUGUAAUAUUUUGGUGUCAUUUUUCAGCAUACUGAGCAAACAUAUUGUUAUCUCGCGAACAAAAUUCUAUAAAGUGAAGUUUUCAACAAAAUCCAAAAUUAAAAUAUGGUCAAAUUUUUCCCAAAGCGGCCAAAAUUAUUCGAUAUAUGGAGUUUUGUGCACUGAUGCUCUUCAUUUGUAUGUCACCAAAUAGCAGUCUCCUUAACUGCCCCUCCAGCUGAUAACCUGAGAACUAUAACUCAUACCAUAUUUCGUGCUAAGUGAAAAAUCAGGAAGGGGUGUUGACCUCUUUUUGAUCAGAAAUGAAGCAUUUCUUGCAUUCACUUAGCUUUUCGUUUGAUCAGUUGAGGUAAGGUUAACAGUGGAUAACAGCUUUAUGUUGUGAUACUCAAAUAAUAAAAGGAACAUCAUGAAAAUGUUUUUGAUUUGUUCAAGAGCAGUACUAAUCUUGGUAAAAGGAUUUGUCGCCUGUGAUACAGGCUAUAAAAACCCCCGACUCUAAAAAGUUUGUCUCUUUUGAAAUUGACAGCAUGAAAUCACUUGAAACUCUAAAAGCAUCCCCACUCUCCUUCUGUGAUCUUAACUCAUCCUUAUUAUCCCUGCUUCUUUAAUUCUUAACUCUCUCUACCUUUAAUUCUAACUCAUUACUUGACUCUGUCACUCAACCGAAGCUGUGACUACUAACUUUCGCUUCCUUGAUCUAAAUCCAGUUUGUUAUCAGUAUUUUAGUUGGAAGGAAUUGUUCCGUUAUCGAUAAUUUAGUUGGAAUGAAUAUUUCCAUUAUCGGUGGUUAAAUCUGCUGUUUAAAUGUAAUUUUGUAGAAAUUGAGUUUGCAUAGAGCCUUUUAGUUUGUCUUGUCGAAAAGUAGCCAAUUUGAAUUCAGAUAGCAUCUGUGCAUUUUGUAGUUAAGUUAGAGUGUCAUAUCAAAGUUGUAAGAUGAAAAAACCAAAUGUCCGAUUUCCUUUUCAUUCUUACUCUAUACUUCUUUGAGGAAAAGUUAUUGCUUGCUUGAUUGAAUGGGCGUUGUGCCCUCUUUUUGGGUAUCAUCAAUCAACUGGUUUCGUUUCAUCAACAGGCUGUUAUCCAUUCAUUACUGCUGUUUGGUGGCAUGAUUACAAUUUCUUUAAUAGAUUCUCCUUUUACAACAUCUAGAUGAUUAAGUUCGAUUAUUUUGUCAAAACGACUAUGUUGGACUUCUUACUCUCUAAUAUUUGAAAUCAUACAUCUUUAUCCUGUGAUUGACACUGUAGUGACUGCUGUAAAAUUAUAGAUAGCUUUAUUAUUUUUUGUGGAUUGUAGUAUUUCUAGGCAUUUUAGAGAUAUAUGAAGGUACAUAUAGAUCUGCUCGAAACCGUCCGAAUGACUCGUUAGGUACAUGUACAUUCAUAUAUGAUUAAUUAGCCUGUACUGAGUUUUGUGAUGUAAAUUAGCUUUAAUAUGUUGAUAUUUUGGGCAUAUGGUACAAAGUGGCAAACAUAUUCAAGUAGUUAAAAUAUAGAACUAUAAAGUCUCUGGGGGAAAUUUGUCGAGUUUAAAGCGUGAACAUUCGCUUGACAAGGAAUUUCGGUCAAAACAAAAGGUCAAGCUGAAAGAAGUCUCUCAUAUUUGUGGGAUUGUUUUUCACUUGUACUAUAUGUCUUUAAAGGGACAAUAUAGGCAGCAACUAGGCAGGAAAGAUAAAGUUACACGAAGUCGCCAAUAGGGGUCUCUCACAUCUCACAGUAUGUCAAAAUGAUUCACGCUUGUACGAAGAAUGCAUGCUUGUACGAAGAAUGCAUUUAGUGCUGAAUCUGACAUGACCCAUGGCCCUUACUGUGUAUAUUAGUCACCUGAAGAUGGCCAAAUUAGCCCCUCUGCUCCUGCCUAUAGUCCCCCUUUAAAGUUUUAUCAACAUAAACUGUAGUAAUUUAUGCUCCUCUACUCUGUUACAGAACAACUGACAGUACCUAAUCAUAUGUAGCUUAUUUUUCUAGUUGUAUCAUCUUUUGAGAGUGUCAUUACAUUUCAGAAUGCCUCAUUGUUUUGUAUUCUUACUUAACAAUAAAAUUUAAAUAAA